AUGGAGAGCUGUUACCUGCUGUACCUGCUGCUGGGGGUCGUCUUCAGCAAGGUGCCCCAAACUCGUGGAGCAGCUGCCAAGGAGUUGACCUGCCAGGAGAUUACCGUGCCCCUCUGCAAGGGCAUCGGCUACAACUACACCUACAUGCCUAACCAGUUUAACCACGACACCCAGGAUGAGGCUGGCCUGGAGGUCCACCAGUUUUGGCCGUUGGUGGAGAUCCAUUGCUCCCCAGAUCUGAAGUUCUUUCUGUGCAGCAUGUACACCCCGAUCUGCCUGGAGGACUACAAGAAGCCCCUGCCACCCUGCCGGGGUGUGUGCGAGAGGGCAAGGGCAGGCUGUGCCCCUCUCAUGCGUCAGUACGGCUUUGCCUGGCCGGAUCGGAUGCGAUGUGACCGGCUGCCCGUGCACAGCACCUCGGACAACCUCUGCAUGGACUACAAUCGCACGGAGCAGACCACGGUGGCCCCCAGCCUCCCGGAACCGCCGCAGCGAUCGGCCAAGGUGCCGUCCCACCCGCACAACAAAGGCAAGCCGCGAGUCGUUGACAAGCCCCGGACGGCGGCAGGCUGCGAGUCGGGGUGCCAGUGCAGGGCCCCCAUGGUGCAGGUGUCUAACGAGAGGCACCCCCUGUACAACCGGGUGAGGACAGGGCAGAUCCCAAACUGUGCCAUGCCCUGCCACAACCCUUACUUCACCCCCGAGAAGAGGACUUUCACCACGUUCUGGAUCGGACUCUGGUCCGUCAUCUGCUUCGCUUCUACUUUCGCCACCGUGUCCACCUUCCUGAUCGACAUGGAGAGGUUCAAGUACCCCGAGCGCCCCAUCAUCUUCCUCUCCGCCUGCUACAUGCUGGUGUCAGCCGGCUACCUGGUGAGGCUGAUCGCCGGCCAUGAGAAGGUGGCAUGCAGCCGGGAGCACGACCUGGAGCAUAUUCACUAUGAGACCACGGGGCCGGCCCUAUGCACCCUGGUCUUCCUGCUCAUCUACUUCUUUGGCAUGGCCAGCUCCAUCUGGUGGGUCAUCCUGUCCCUGACCUGGUUCCUGGCUGCUGGCAUGAAGUGGGGCAAUGAAGCCAUCGCCAGUUACUCCCAGUACUUCCACCUGGCGGCCUGGCUGGUGCCUAGCAUCAAAUCCAUAGCGGUGCUGGCCCUGAGCUCAGUGGAUGGGGACCCUGUGGCUGGUAUCUGCUAUGUGGGCAACCAGAACCUGGACAACUUGCGGGGCUUUGUGUUGGCCCCUCUGGUCAUCUACCUCUUCAUAGGCAGCAUGUUCCUUCUGGCCGGAUUCGUGUCCCUCUUCAGGAUCCGCAGUGUCAUUAAACAGGGGGGCACCAAGACUGACAAGCUGGAGAAGCUGAUGAUCCGGAUUGGGAUAUUCAGUGUCCUGUACACUGUCCCUGCCACCAUUGUGGUGGCAUGCUUCUUCUAUGAGCAGCACAACCGCCAGGGGUGGGAGAUGGCACAUAACUGCAACUCAUGUCUCCCAGAGGUGGCAGAGAGCCGCAGACCAGAGUAUGCUGUCUUCAUGCUCAAGUACUUUAUGUGUCUGGUGGUUGGCAUCACUUCUGGAGUGUGGAUUUGGUCUGGGAAAACUCUAGAAUCCUGGAGAGCAUUUUGUACUCGGUGCUGUUGGGGGCGCAAAGCUAUUGGGGGGUCUAUGUACAGUGAUGUGAGUACAGGACUGACCUGGAGGUCUGGGACUGGCAGCUCAGUAUCUUACCCAAAACAAUUGCCCUUGUCUCAGGUCUAGAGACCCCCCAAAAGUAAGGUGGUGGGUGUUGAAGCCUAUUGACUGUCCUAACGUUGCCAACAUCACCAAAUUCUUCACCCUCCCCCACCUUAUUUUAUUUAGUUUCUUGCUAUUAGCAUGAUAAUGAACUCUUAAUGGUAUCCAUUAGCAGGGACUUGAAUGACCAGUCUGAACAAUGUACCUGAUAUUGAAGACUCCCUGAUUUCUCUCCCAUUUAUAUGCAAGGAGCAUUUCUUAAGACGUUAAUUUAGCUGGCCAGAGGCUUGGGAUUGCCCUCCUGGCUAGCAAGGUUAAACAAAUAAGCAAUACCAUUAUUGCUGUGCUGCUGACAUGUGGACUCAUCUGGACCUCUUAGAUUUAUACUUGUGUAGGUUUAUUUGUUAGUGUUCUCAAACAUUUCAUGGAAAAAAUAUGGCUUUGGUGACCCUAAGUGUCUGCCUGUAACACAAAGUUUAUGCCUUGUGGCACUUUGGGGGGAUCAGAGGAAGUUCUGACUAUGGAGGGAACAUCAGUAAGCCAAGGAAAUGCCUUAAAACAGGGUUGGCACAAUCUGCUGUCCUCCAGUUUUUGCUGGAUUCCAACUCUCAUCAGUUUCAGCCAGAAGGAGUUGCAGUCUAACAAUAGCUGGGGCACUGCAGGUUAAUCAACCCUGCAUUAACCCUAUGAGUAUCUGGGGGUAAGCAAAAUAAGAAAAAAAAUAACAAAAUAGAUGCUUUGCUUACUCCCUGGUACUUGAGGGGUUAAACAAUGUCUUAAAUCAAAAGUACAAAAAAAAUAUACAUCCCAAAUAAUAUACGGGUUUCUUCCUUAAGGAGGUAUUUAUAUAAAUAUUUGCUACAACUUGUAUACUGUGUAAAAUAUGUAUAUAAAAAAGUUAUAAAUUUAUGUACAUUUCUUUUUUUGUAUAAAAUUUAGAGGCUUCUCAAAAAGAGCAAAAUAUUUGAGUAUUCUAUUUUGACAAUAAAAUUACUUUUGAUAAAU